UAAAAAACAAAAGAUGCGAUUUUGACUUAAGUGAUCAGUCACACAGACUCCAAAGUCCAGUAUAAAUACUCCAACUUACAACCCACAAUCAUCUCAGUAGUCCUAUUUGUACCACCAUUCAUUCUUCUUCCCCCUCCCAUUUUGCCACCAUCGGGGAGUUUCAUCUGUUGUUGUUCUGUCGAUAAACAAUUGAAGAUUACUGAUUGAAGGAGAUACAGAAACUACAUGAACGGCAUGAAUCAAUCCCUUUUUUCCCAAUUGAUCUUCAUUUCAAUUUGAAGAAGCUCUUUUUUUCCUCAGUAUCACCAAAACAGAGAGAAAACAGAGUCAUCAAUUAUUGGAGACAGCCGUAAAAAAGAGUAUAAAAAGAUUGAUCAGCAUCUUUUUUCAUUCCUGAAUUCUCAGGCCACUUCCAUCUUUUGAUCCUCACGUGUUCCACCUACAAAAAAAAAAAGAAAGGAAUAACGUCUCCAAGUUGCCGCGUAUUGAUUAUUUAAAUGCUCUGGUUCGAAUAGAUACUUCAAAAGGGCUCUGUUUUUUCCUUUUUGCUUCCAUUUUUGUAAAAUUCCUCUGUUUCAUUCAGUUUCAAUUCAUCUGUGAAACAAAAAAAAAAAUGAAGAUGAAUCCCAUGUCGGUGAUGAUGCCAAAAUCACGGCCAUUAAUCCACCUUCCCGGCGGUGGGAUAGACAUGAAGGUGCUCAUCAAUCAGCGGGAUCCCCGGCAGCUGGAGAAAGUGGUGGUGGUGAUGGGCGCCACCGGGACCGGAAAAUCAAGGCUGUCGAUCGAUCUGGCCACCCGAUUCCACGCCGAAGUUGUGAAUUCCGAUAAAAUGCAAGUCUACAAAGGAUUAGACGUCGUCACCAAUAAAAUCACCGACGAGGAGCGUCAGGGGAUUCCUCAUCAUCUCCUCGGGUUAAUCGAUCCCAACUCGGAUUUCACCGCCGCCAGCUUUUGUAACAUGGCCACGGCGGCCACCAAAGGUAUUGUUAACCGUGGUAAGCUUCCAAUCAUCGUUGGAGGUUCCAAUUCUUUCAUAGAAGCCUUGAUUGACGGAGAAGACAGCAAAUUCGGGUCACGUUACCAAUGUUGCUUUCUCUGGGUCGACGUUUCUUUGCCGGUUCUACAUUCAUUCGUGUCGGAACGAGUUGACAGGAUGGUUGAAAAGGGUAUGAUCGAUGAAGUUCAGGAAAUUUUCAACCCAAUGCAUUCUGAUUAUUCCACCGGGAUCCGGCGAUCAAUUGGGGUCCCGGAAUUUGACCGGUUUUUCAGAGCUAAACCGUUCUGCGACGGCGAAACCCGUGCCCGGCUCCUGGAAGAAGCCAUCCGUCAAACAAAGUAUAAUACGUGCAAAUUGGCGUGCAGGCAAUUGGAGAAAAUCAUCCGGUUGAGAAACGUGAAGGGAUGGAAAAUCCACCGCCUGGAUGCCACUCAGGUUUUCAGAAAACAGGGUAAAGAAGAGGCGGACAAAGAGUGGGAGAAUCUCGUCGCGGGUCCCAGCGCGAGAAUCGUUUCCAAAUUCCUGUACAGCCAACACAGCAGCUCCGCCACCAGCACGGUGGUUUACCCGGGUGCCGCCACCGUCGUGGGUGGCCGGAGGGGAAUGCGAAUCGGGGAACCGGUGGCAAUUUACUAAAUUUAAUUAAAUUAUGAUGUAAAUUAGUGUGGCAACUGUUUUUUUUUGGCAAAACAAGAUGAUAUGGGAGAAUUUUCCAUCAUAAAUCCCUUCUCUGCCGGGUAGAGUUGGGAGUUUUUUUGUAAUCAUAUAUAAGUAGUAGACGAUAUAUGAUCGGAUUUUCAGUAGGUAAAAUCCUGGCUCUUUUUGUAACCAGAGUACUCUGUUUUCUGUGUUGGUAGGCGCUAAUAGAGAAAUAUCAUAAAUUAACUUCUUUUCUUGGAUGGUUUGAUGACAAAUUAUCCGUACACCUGAUGGUACAUGUCGAUGAUUUUUUUUGCUAACAUUACAAAUCUGCUAUGCAUGGUUUUCAU